AUGAAGAGCACAAUGAGUGAGUCAUCGUUAGCAUCCUUUACCUUUCCGUUAAUGAAGACUCUUAGUUGCUGUUUAAAGUACCUUUGUAUUCAGAGUAAUGCUAUAAAAAUUGUUCUUUCGAAUCGAAGCGGUUCUUCUGAACUGCGUUUGACAGGCACCAACGUCCCUGAGUGCAGUUUUUCGGAGAUUGUUAUCGAAGUUUUCGAUAACCAUAGUAUGUCGGAGGCGGUAACAGUUGACAUCACGAGCACUGAAAAGUGUGUGUCGUGGGCGGUUGAUGGUCCUUUAAUGCUUCGUACACUGCGGCUUUUUGAGGGAUAUGAUCCUCUGACGUUAGAAUUGACUUGCGAUCUCACUAGUGUCCUUAUCCAUCAAAAGGAAUGCGGACGCUGGGCGAGAAUUGGUGCUCUUCAUGAUCUUGGACCAACCCUGAACGUAGACCACGAAAUAAUGAUUCUUCACCGUAUCCGUGAUCUUCAAGCUUUUUGCCAUAUUGCACGCUUUAUUGCAACCUCAGAGGAAGUUAAGUGUACCGUUGCCCUUCGCUUUGAUACCAUGCAUACAUUUAUAGAGCUAAAAAACUCGAAUACCACCGCAUCUGCCCUUGUCGAAGGUGAGUUCUUACAAGGUCACGUUGAGGGAAGUGCAAGAACGGCAGAGCUUUUUGGUUUUGCCGAGCUGGCUAUGCGAGUAACUGGCACUGCCACGCUUUCUGUCGGAUUUAGCAGCGAUGGACUUGCCAUGUUUAGGCUGGAUUGGCAAUCUGUCUCGACGGAAAGGUCUUCAGCCUUCUUAUAUUUUUCUGGUAGUUAG